UCCAGAGUCCUAGCGGGACUUUUCUUCGACGUUAAUGGAGGUCUCGAAAUUGAGCGAGAAGCUCUUUGCAUUCUUGGAAUCUGGCAUUUACCGAUUCGAAAAUUCCAAUUCCAUUUUCAUCGAUCCCGUUCGUGUCCUCAACCAAUCAUACACUCGAUUCAGGGUUUCCCCUUCGGCGUACUACUCACGCUUCUUCGAAUCCAGCAACGCAACGCAACAAUCUUCGAAUUCGAGAAAGAGAAAGCGGAAGGAGAAGGAGAAGAAACCUUACGCUCUCAACGAAAGAGAGCGAGCCGCCGAUCGGCGUCACCAGGAAUCGGAGCCUUUGCUGUUGAAGGCGCUCGAGUCUUUGCAGAGAGCGACUGAUCUUUUGGAGGUCAUUUGCAAUUUGAGAGAUUUGUCAGAUUCUUCACCGUCAUCAUCAUCGUCUAGAGUUCAACAGUCUUUAAUUGAACUCGGACGGGUCUGGCAAGCUCCUUUGUACGAAAUUACACUUAAAUUUCAUCCCAGUGGCGAGCGAAAUGAAGGUGGAGGUUCUCCUCCCACGCAAUAUUGUGAACGGGUUCUUCCUGUGUUUAAUAACUUAAUUGUUAACGAGACCAGUGAUGAUUUAGAGGCUGAGUUUAUGAACACUCGAUAUAUAUUACCUCACGACAGCUCCUUCUACAUGUCUGAUCUGAAGCAGAUUCACAACCUAAUUCCUGUUGACAAUGAUCAUGGAUUCAGUCUCAUUGUGAUCGAUCCACCAUGGGAGAAUGGAAGUGCCCACCAGAAGUUGAGGUACCCAACUUUGCCGAACAAGUAUUUUCUUUCCGUUCCUAUCAAGAAACUUAGUCACAAGGAAGGAGCUAUUAUAGCCUUAUGGGUUACCAAUAGGGAGAAAUUGCGCUGCUUUGUUGAGGAAGAGCUAUUUCCUGCAUGGGGAGUCAAAUAUAUGGCCACUUUUUACUGGCUGAAGGUGAAAGCAGAUGGUUCGUUGAUAAAUGAUUUGGACCUUUUUCAUCAUAGGCCAUAUGAAUGCAUUAUUUUAGGACAAUGUCAUGGGGAGGCCGUGGAUUCCAAUAGCAUGUCAAGAAUCAAAGCUGCACCAGAUAAUCAAGUUAUCAUUAGCAUCCCAGGGGAUUACUCAAGGAAGCCCCCAAUCGGAGGUCUGCUCAAGGAGUAUAUUGCAGGGCAUAGUCCUAGUCGCUGUCUGGAACUAUUUGCUAGAGAAAUGUUGCCUCAGUGGGUUUCUUGGGGAAACGAACCCCUUCAGUUCCAAGAAUCGCGGUACUUCUAUGAACGCAAAGAAGGAUAGCACGUCCAUUCGAAGGCCCUUUGUUAUGGACGUCUCUUUUAGGGACGUAGAAUUUGUAGCCUUUCUCGCACAAGAAAAUUAUGGUUAUAUAUGAUGAUAAAACGAGAAGGCUAAUCAAAGCUAAUCAGAACAUUCCUUUAAUGUUGAGAGCUAAAGUUCGAAUUCUCUGCGCAUUUAAGAAAAAGAAAAAAUUACGAUUAAACGCCCUUCAAUAGUGCGUAUAUAGUGGCCUUUUCUUGGUGGCUUGUAUUAAAAAAAAAAAAAAAAAAGAGGAAAGAAAUUACCUUCUUUUAAAGCCUAGGCGAGGAAAAUGAAAAUAAAGUGAUAAUGCUCUAAUUGUAUUUGUUAUGGAUUUACUACUAUUAGAUCAAUCACAA